ACAAGGGCAUCACAGAGUUGAGAUUCUACGCUUGAACGUAACCGCUCUCGUCAAUGAUUACCUCUGUAUUCGCUUUUCUACUUUUAACCCAGUUUCACAUCAUCUUGUCUUCGUUGCACAGCUUUUGCCAUGGAGUUCGAAACACACACGCUACCCCAUCUCAUGGGCCGUUUUCCUGGUAUAUCUAUCACAGACCCAUACGUUAUCGACAGUUGCCAUAUCUCCCUGUUGGAUCUUCCCAAGCUUCUCCACGAAAAAGGAUUUCUCGAGAACCGGCUAGGCAAAUGCGCUGCCUAUCUACAGGUGCUACGCAAAAAGCAAUCUCGUAAUGAGCGACUCCUCAACGACAACCCAUCGCCACCGAGAAAAAAGAGGAAGAAGUUACAACAGAGCAACUAUGAAUUGAGCGCAGAGAUCAGAAACCGAGAACGGGAUGAAAGCGUACUUCUCAAUAGCCUUCAAACUUGCAAAGCGAACAUCUACAUUGCGGGAGCUCUUGCGUAUACUCCAACGAACAUGCGGUCUCCAGUAACUAACUGUGCUUCGAGUCCGACGCAAUACUCCUAUACGGAGUCUGAGCCAACAGAACUCAGCUGGAACGGAUGGGCGGAUGAGAUCAACACUCCUUUCCAAACGCCGAGCCAAGUCACCAUACUCAUGGGUGACCUCGCCCCAGACGCAUAUCUAGAUAAUGCAAAAGACUUUGUCGCAGUUAUCAAGAACAUCAAUCGUCCUCUUCCGCUUUCUCGGAUCACGGAGGAUGCUAUUAUGUUCCUUCCUGUGCCUCCCAACACGGCACACUCGCAAUUCUCGCACUCAGUUUUGGACCCUGAUGCUGUGGUAUUCGAAUCUGAUCCUACGCACAUCUCCAACAAAGGUGAUAUAUUCUCAGCUCAACCCGACAAGCUCAGCAUCUCGCCUUCGUCAGCUGCGCGACGAUCCUCCGACGCUGGAUUGCUGGCUGUCAUGCAAAGAGAUUUAACAUCCGAAUGUGAAGAGAGAUUCAAUGUCCCACGACAAAUCACAGAAUGGAGUAGAACAGGUUUGCCAAUGAGGAGGCGAAGGUCAAACUCUGUCUGAACACAUCAUCAUGAGAUCAGACGCCUGUCGAGAUGGUCAUGGGAAUAAAUUUGGUGGGGGACUCUGUCGUCUGAGUGUCGCCUGUCGUUGGUCGGAUGUCUGAACCGGCGCAUGUGCAUUCAUUGGCCUUGCUUGAUGCAUUGGAAGCUCGCAUGCAGAAUCACCCUGCAGGCAUUGCGGGUUUAUGUUUUUCUGAGUUCAACACAUCUUCAAACGAACAAAGGCUUUCGUAGCGCUUCAUAGGCAAUUGAGAACUCUCGAUAGUGUAAACGAAAAUACAGC